GGUCGUUGAUGAUAAUGUAUCAACCAAAAUGAGAGAACCAUAAUCAUACUUUGGAACGGAUGGCCAUAGCAGAAAUUAGGAAACAGGGGCGCCUAAUGAGUAAUGACUAGUCAUGAGACCCACAAGCGGCCAAAUCCAUUGAGAUAGCCUAACAUUAAACACUAAUAGCGCCUUCCUCACUUCGAAGCUCAAGUUUAUCGCCUCUUUCGUGUUUCUUCUUCUACUGCUGAAAAAGCCAAUAGAUCUGACUUCCGGCGAUCCAAAUCCAAAAACCUUCAAUCCCCAUUUCUGGAAAUUUUAGCCUCGUCCUUUAUCUCCAUACCGUUGGCGGCCCUCGAGCUCCUGAGGAAAUGGACGCGCUCCGGAAGCAAGCCAGCAGGCUAAGGGAGCAGGUUGCCAAGCAACAGCAAGCUGUGAUUAAGCAAUUUAGUGCCAGUGGUUACGAGAGCUCGGAUUCCCUAGUCAUCGAUGAGGUCGAGUUGCAGAGGCAUCAGCAGCUGGAGAAGCUCUACAGGACGACUCGAGCAGGGAGAGAUUUUCAAAAGGACAUUGUAAGAGCAGCAGAAGCACUUACUGCUAUAGGAUAUAAACAUAUUGAAGCAGGAACCAAACUGUCUGAGGAUUGCUGCAGAUAUGGAACUGAGAACAUUAGUGACACCAUGCUAGCUAAAGCUGCAGCUAUAUAUGGUGAUGCUCGUAAACAUGUGGAGAAGGAGACCGAGGAUUUAAAUGGAUUACUCGCUUCUCAGGUUUUGGAUCCUCUAAGAGCAAUGGUUACUGGUACUCCUUUAGAAGAUGCCCGACAUCUUGCUCAACGCUAUAGUAGAAUGAGGCAAGAAGCCGAAGUUCAGGCUACUGAAGUUUCCAAAAGACAAGCACGAGUUAGGGAAUCCCCCAUCCCUGAGAACGUUGCAAAGUUGCAUGCAGCAGAGGCAAAGAUGCAAGAACUGAAGGCAAACAUGGCAGUUCUUGGUAAAGAAGCUUCAGCUGCAUUGGCUGCAGUCGAGGCUCAGCAGCAAAGAUUGACCUUCCAAAGGCUUGUUUCUUUGGUUGAAGGGGAAAAGAACUAUCACUUGCGACUUGGUGCUAUACUCAGUGAAGUUGAAACUGAGAUGAUUUCAGACAAACAACAAAGAGAGGCAGCUCCUCCUGUCAUUCCGUCUACUGUAACUCCGUUAGAAAACAGCUCAGAAAAAACCACGUACUUCCUGGCUGAAGCAACUCAUCCUUUUUAUGCAGAAACUGACAAGGAGUUGAGUUUGGCAGUUGGUGACUUCAUUGUUGUUCGGAAGGUUAUGCCAUCAGGGUGGUCAGAAGGAGAAUGCAAAGGGAAAUCGGGGUGGUUCCCAUCAGCCUACGUCGAGAGGCGCCAGAGGAUUCCAACUGCCAAUUAAACCUCCUGACUUUCACCCAAAUUUUAGAGAUUUUCCCAACCAUCAGAGGGUCCAUCUCUCUAAUUCGAUCUGUUCUUUGAAAAUUUGCUUCUUUACCAGCAAAAGUGACAUUUUUUUACAGGUUUGUAUAUUCCUUUGCUGAAACAUGGCCCUAGUCACAGAAAAUGUUUCCCGAAAGUGACCGAUGUGUUGUCUGUUUGUUUAUCCUGAAUGUGCUGGAGAUGAUUCAAUCAUCAGGAUGCAGCAGCUAUCGUUUUUUCAAGUUAUGCAGCUUGUAUUCGACGAUGCCUUUUCAGAGGCUAGACUGAAGUACGAGUCAUCUUAUCUUUCGGUAUUAAAGUCCGUGCCAGCCU